AUGACCCCUGACCUCUCAGUCCUGCUAUGCCUUGGGCUGUAUCUGUGCAAGGGGACAAGGACUGAGGCAGCAGAUGGAUUCCACAAACCCUCUCUCAGGGCAGAGAAUGGCUCUUUGGUGCCCCGAGGGGGAGCUGUGACCCUCAGGUGCAGGGGGUCAUGGGAGGCUGAAGACUGGUGGCUGGAGAAAAAGGGAGCAUCUGGAUGGGAAAAUGUCAAAUCUGUGAGACAAGCUGGAAAUGAGGGCGAGUUUUCCCUCCCAUCUGUGACAUCAUCUGAUGCAGGGACCUACCAGUGCCGCUACAGACAUUCAUCCUAUGGGUGGUCAGAGUACAGUGACCCCCUGGAGCUGGUGGUGACAGGCUUCUCUGCCCCGCCCUCCCUGGAAGCCCUGCCCAGCUCUGAGGUGGCCCCAGGACAGAACGUGACCCUGCAGUGUCGGUCAGAGCUGUUGCAUGACUGGUGUGUCCUGUACAAGGAUGGAGAAGAGAUCAGCCUGAGCAAGACCUGGUUCCAUGAAAGGAGGUAUAAGGUCGACUUCUUCUUCCCUGUUAUUAAUCCAACACACGAUGGCACUUACCAAUGCUACGGCUUUUAUAGAUCUUCCUCCCAUCUGUGGUCCUCCCCCAGCGCCCCCCUGGAGCUCAGGGUCUCAGAGACCUUCUCUCCAAGCCCUGAAUCUGAGAACAGGCUCUCAGAUGCUGCUGCCCAGGAUUACACUGUGGGCAAUCUGAUCUGCCUCAUCUUGGCUGGGCUGGUCCUCAUCCUCCUGGGGAUCCUGCUGGCUGAGCACUGGAAGAGCUCCAGGCGGCAACCAGUCCAGGGAGUCCUUGGCUGA